AUGGAGAAUAUCCUCUGUUUUCUUAACAGCUAUACUGAGACAGGGCUGAGCCCUGACUCACAUUACUUGGAUAUUGACCCCAACUUCAUCUGCUUGAGUGGGUUGGGGUUGUUUAUACUGUACUUGUUCUACGUGGUAUUGACUCUGUAUUCGUCACCCACUGAAAAAAAUAAUGACAUCCAAAAGCAUCAGAGCAGAGCCAGGAGGAGAAGGAAAGGUGGGACAUUUAAAGGUAAUGUCAGCCUGCUCUCUCUGAGCUUCAAGGACUGGAAAAGUUCCCAGAGAGAUGUGGAAGAGGAAAGGAAGCUGCUUUCUAUUCUGAAAAGCUUUGGACCUCCUGUUUCCUGCAGUCCCCUGGGCCAGCAUCAUGAUACCACCUACUUUCGUCGACUGUUAUGCCCAGACCCCGUCUGUCAGGUGUGUAACAGAGCAACUGCUGAUAUCCAGCGACUGCUGUCUUGGGAGUCCCUGAAAGAUGCUGCUCCCUCUGUGUCCCCUUUGGCUUCUUCAGCUUCUGCGACUGAGUCAUCGUUCACUUUGGCUUCCACCCCCUCAGCAACUCCUCCAGAAGACCUAAUAUUGUCCCCUGGGCCUAAGCCCUCUCCACCACCCCCCUUAAUUCUCUCACCUGACCUGAUCACCACCUUAGCUGACUUAUUUUCACCCUCACCACUGAGGGACCCUCUGCCACCACAGCCUGUUUCUCUCUUGGAUUCCAAGUUCUCCGUAGACCAUUCCCCACCCCAACAGCUUCCCUUUCCCCUUCUCCCACCACAUCACAUUGAGAGAGGGGAGCCCAGCCUCCAAACUGAGUCCAGUUUGUCUCUGAACACCAUCUUUUCAUUUGACUCCAUCCUAUGCCAAGAUAUUUCCCAGGCCGUGAAUCCCACUGAUUCAUGUGCUCAUCAUCACGAACCACCAAUCCCAUCUGCUUUACCAACGGAAGAUUGCACUGGGACUCAGUCUAAAUCAAGUCUCACCGUCUUGAAGAGUUUUCCGGAGAUGUUAUCUCUAGGUGACUCUGGUGAGUCAUCCACCUCUGCCCCAACAAUCAAAGGCAUUGACCAUUCAUGCCCUGCAUCUUCAGAAUACUCCUGGUGGCAGCCUCAUGCCAAGGACUGUUUUUCCUCCAAUUUUGUACCAUCUGAUUUCAUGGAGGAGCUUCUUACCCUUCAUUCUUCUGAGGCCUUUUUAGGGGGGCACUCUGUGGACAACCUCAUAGAGCCUGUUAACAUCUCAUUUCUCAGCCAUGACAUUCUGGCACUCCUGGAGAGACAAGUCAAAAAAAAGAGUGAUUUCCUGAUGUGGAAAGAAAAUGGAAAGAAACCAGGAUCAUUCCCAAAACAACUUAGGCCAAAUUACCAACUAAAUUCUUCAUGGAAAAUGUUAGCCUCAAGUGCUGUUAAGCAUGGCUUGGCAGAAUCCUUUCCUUUUUGGGCCAGUAAAGGCAAACGAGAUCAGCAGCACAUCCAUCAGCAGCCUCCACACUCUAAGUGCUUUGAAGACCAUUUAGAGCAAAAAUAUGUCCAGCUCUUCUGGGGUCUCCCAUCUCUGCACAGCGAGUCUCUGCAUCCUACUGUUCUUGUCCAACAUGGCCGUUCCUCCAUGUUUGUAUUCUUCAAUGGCAUUACAAAUACAUCUAUAUCCCAUGAAUCCCCAGUGCUUCCCCCUCCCCAGCCUCUGUCCUUGCCUAGUACCCAACCUCUACCUUUGCCUCAAACCCUGCCCCAAGGUCAGUCCCCACAUCUCACUCAGGUGAAGUCCCAGGCUCAACAUCAAUCUCCAUUCCAAGCCCUACUACCUAGUCCUCUAUUCCUGAUUAGGGUGUGUGGAGUGUGUUUUCAUAGACCCCAGAAUGAGGCACAGUCUCUUAUGCCAUCUGAAAUUAAUAAUCUGGAGUGGAACGUGUUGCAGAAAGUGCAGGAAAGUGUGUGGGGUUUACCCUCUGUGGUUCAAAAAUCCCAGGAAGACUUUUGUCCUCCAGCUCCCAAUCCUGUAUUGGUCAGAAAGUCCUUCAAGGUCCAUGUUCCCAUCUCCAUCCUUCCUGGAGAUUUUCCACUCAGCUCUGAGGUAAGGAAGAAACUAGAGCAACACAUUCGAAAGAGGCUCAUCCAACGCAGAUGGGGCCUGCCCCGCAGAAUCCAUGAGUCUCUGUCAUUGCUACGUCCUCAGAGCAAAAUUUCAGAGCUAUUUGUGUCAGAGAGUAAUCAUGGACCAUUAAAUAUCUCUUCGGUUGAGGGUCAGAGGCACAAUGUUCUAAAGAAAUUCGGAUCAAGCACCCCUAGAAACUUCCACGAGAGGAGCUCAAAUAUGCUUUCCCUGGAGAAUGUGGGGAAUUAUCAGAGAUACAGCCAGGAGAUUGCCCCAAAAGAUCACUUGUUGCAUGAUCCGGAGACAUCUUCAGACGAGGAUCUGAGAUCUAACUCUGAGAGAGACCUAGAAACUCAUAUGAUGCAUCUGUCAGGGAAUCAUUCAGGGGACAGCCUAGGUCAGAAACAACUGGAAAAUGCCCUGACAGUACAUUUGAGCAAGAAAUUUGAGGAAAUCAGUGAGAAUCGAGUGCCUGGGACUGUGCGUAGUUCAUGGCAUUCAGUCAAGCAGACCGUGUCUCUUGCUAGGAAAUCCCACAGCCAAAUAAAACAUCGAAAUUUGGCAGCAUUGGUGAGUGAGGACCACCGCAUUGAUACUUCCCAGGAGAUUUCCUUCCUUAGUUCCAACAAACAAAAGAUGUUGGAAGCCCAUAUUAAAUCUUUCUGUAUGAGGAUGCUGUGGGGCCUUCCCCGCAAGGUCCUUGAAUCCAUAGAAAUCUUCAAAUCGAAAGAGGAUCUUUCCACUUCCUUUUCCCAUUUCGACCUUCCCUCCUCAGCCACCUUCAUUCCUCGGGGAGAUUCCAAAGAUGGGGUCUCUAAGUCUCGUAGACGAAGCACUUCUCAAGGAGAAAAGUUGGGAACAAUAAGCUCAGUCCCUGUCCUCGAUCGUCCUCACCCUGUCUCCUCACCUGUCGGCCAAGAAGGUCAGGGGGCCCUGAGAAGUCAAUUUUCUGAUACUGACCAUGAUCUUAUAGAGACAGAUUCCAAAGAUGGGGCCUCCACAUCCCUUAGGAGAGGCACUACAGAUUUUCAAAGCGAAAAAUUAGAAUCAACAAGCUCAUUCCCUAUCCUCAGUCAUUCUCACCUUGUCACUUCACCUGUCGACCAAGAAAAGCAGGGAACCCUGAGAAGAGAAUUCUCUGAUACUGACAAUGAUCUUACAGAAAGUGUCCGGACAACUGAGGAUGGCAGACAGACUUUUCUGCCCCCGCCACACAGCAUCGUAGACAAAGUCAGUCAGAAACAGACUGCACUGGCCAGUAGAUGCAGUGUAGAGCGGCCCAUAAUGGAAGCUGGAGCUGGCUGUGAGUCAUGGGAUAAGAGAAAGAGUUCCUUUAAUAAUGUAGACAGGCUUCAGGGCAGUAGAAAGACCUUUCCUGUCACCAGUGGGUUGAAAGAGAUGUUUAAGGAAGAGGAGAUCUGUGCUCUUCAAUCACAAACUAGGAACAACUUGACAAGCAGCAAGUCAGGAAGCUGCUCACUGACAAAUGUGAAAGCAAGCACUUCCAAUGAAACUGAAAUCUUCCCACCAAGAAUAUCAGUUCCUCAAGAUCCUAAAUCAUCAUACCUUAAAAACCAGAUGUUGAGCCAGUUAAAGUUGGUCCAGAGGAAGCAUAGCCAACCUCAGAGCCAUUUCACUGACAUGUCUUUUGCCUUAGAUAACUUGACUUCCAAGGACUUACUGACCAAUUCCCAGGGCAUCUCGAGUCAGGACAUGGGAACUUCCCAGGUGCUGCAUGUCCACUUGGAGGACAGAGGAAUCCGUGUGGCACAGCAGCAGGAGCCCAGGGUCCCUAUGCAUGUCUUACAGAAAUGCCAGGUUAAGAAUUUUUCACCAGCUACAAAGAGAGUGAGCCUUCUAAGACCCAAUGGAGGAGAGCUUGGUGGAGGGGCUGCAGGGUUGGGGAUAUCCCAACCCAGGAGAAAGAGCCACCCUGUUCAUAACAAGACAUCAGGGGAGGUGCUUGGGAGCAAAUCUUCCCCAACCUUGAAAACACAGCCUCCUCCUGAAAACCUUUUCAGAAAAUGGAUGAAGACCUUUUUGCAGCGGUUUAAUAAACCUAGCAUAUCAUAUGAAGAACAAGAAAGUUCCCAGGAAAAGGGUAGCUCCCUGUCAUCAUCUGUGCAGAAUAUUGGUCGAGUUACAAGAGCUGCCUUUACUGGGACUAUUGAAGCUCAGAAAAUUAUGAAAGACACUAGGGAGUUCCUAGAAGAGAAGCUGGGGCAUAGGCAUGGGAUAGAUAUCACCUGUCCCCAAGAGCCCCUUUCCUUCCCAGUGGGGCUUGGGAAAGCUCAGCACAACUCAGAAGUGCAUGUCAGAGCAGAGCCUGUCCAGGGCUAUCCCUGCAACUACAUGGCUCCCUCCUGCAAAGUGACAUCUACCAAAUCUUGCAGCCGACAAGCUAUCUUUGUUGGCCAGAAUUAUCCUACAAGGAUUAGACAGAUCAUAGACAAGGACAGACAGCCCCAGAAAGUUGAGGCAUUUAAGGGGAAGAUACUGGGUCAAAGCCAUCCCCAAUCCAUGCCCCACAGGAAGCCCGUGCCACAUUCAAACCCCACCUGCCGGCGUCAGGUCAGCCUGGUGUGUCCAGCCAUCCCAACCAGUGCUAAAAGCACUGUGUUCAGUGAUGUGCCUUCACUAACUGGACAGAAAAUGCUUCCGAAGCAUUUCCAGGGAGGAAAAUUUCCCCUCGCAAAAUAAUUGACUCCUUGUUGAGAAUCUUGAUUCUCCCCAAUAAAUGUUCUAAUAAGAAGGA